AUGAGACUUUUAAGGACAACUGUGUUCUUCACGCUUCUACUGUUCAUUACUAAUUCAGGACUAGUGAAUGCUUUCGUGAAGCUGGUCGCCAUUGGGAAUAGGCUUGAGUUGAAAAAUAACAUUCGAAGCAUUAACAUUUCGUAUAUUUUCCACACGCCCAAACGCUUGGUUGAUCAGUCGAUUGAUUUCGAAGUUGAAGUUACGCGUCAAAUUAAGGACAUGAAGCUUGUGCUAGCGUACUACAGUGGCCCCAAAAACGUUACCACCCAAAAUGCACUACUGAAACGGCACGUGGAUCUGUGCUUUUUCUUACGCAAUCCCAAAUCGGACCGUCUAGUGAACGUAGUGUACCAGCUCGUGAAGAACAACGGCAACAUGCCUACGAAAUGCCCUUUCGGUCCCGGUAGCUUCUAUAUGCGUAACUUGAAGCCGGCCACAAUACCGAUACCGCCGUUUCUGCCUGAAGCCGAGUUUAUAUUUGAGCUGAUAUACCGCUCGGAGGUACGAUCGGAACCACUGGUAGAGUUUCGGGUCUAUGGGAAAUUGAUGCGCAUCAUCGACAAACUGUUCAAUUAG